AUGACUGAUCCGGAGCUACACCUCGUCCGCUAUAAGACUGUUCAGGAAUUCUUGCACGAGAUGAAGCCGUUCGAUGAGAGCUUCAUGAAUCUUGCCUUGGGCCCGCUAUGGGACGACAUAAGUACGAAUCCGACCCGAUCAGAGGAGCGAUCUGAACUCUCUAAUCGUCCCUUAUUCGCUGUGCUCAGCGCCAACGUGCUGGUGAUGACAUUGACCAGAGAUACUGCACACCAUCCCUGGAAGUUGGCAAUUCCAAGCACACUUAAUCCAGACUCGGUACACUAUCAAUUCACCAUUGCAGGCGCCUCCCGAUUACUCGCGUCGACGCUAGACGCGUUAGUGGAGCCCGGGGGCAUAGGAAGGAUUGCUGCCCCUUCUCCUGUGAUGGACGUAUUUAUCGACGCAUGGGCUACCUCUCUGAGUGGCAAGGGCAUCCAAAUUACCGCCCUCCCACUAGACCUUAUCGCCCGCUCUUGUUACGCAACACGCCAGACGGUGCCUUCCUCCUCCGCAUGUUCGUUACCGGCAAACAUCACGAUUGCGCUUGCGGCAGCGGAAGACGUAUCUUCCCUCGUCCCUCUAUUCGUCGAUUUCACAUACCACACGCAUCAAGUUGCAACGCCAGAAGCCGCGCGUGCAUCACUCUCGAGAGCAGUGCAGGGCCACAAGUUGUGGGUUUGUCGCUUCGAUGGCGACAUCGCCGGGUUCACCGUCGUUGGCCGCGAGACGCCGAACACCAUAGCGAUCCGAAAUGUGUUUGUGCGCCCGGAGCACCGCCGCAAGGGCCUUGCGGAGGGAAUGGUGGGCGUGCUCACACGCUUCUACCUUGGGCUCGACACUGUGUUGGAGCCGCAUUACCCGAUGGGACAACCGAAGCGAGAGGUCUGUUUACUUGUCAAAGACCCGGCCGUAGAGAGGAUAUACGCGCGGUGUGGGUUCCUUGUAGGGGAGGACGUGCGCGAUCCGGAGACGGGCCGGAAGGCGUGCUAUGCUUUUGUGUCUCGUGGUGUGCAGACGUAUAGACAACGUGAGAAGCGUAUCCUGAAGACUGCCAUGUCCAGCGUUAGUGCCAUCGACCUUACAUGGUUUCAUGGCAAUGGGCCGAUCGGAGAUAACGCAACGCUGUUGAACCAAAACGAGACCUAG